GUCUCCUUCAGUGCGGGCCAGUCACACUGAGCAGGAAGUGCGCGAAUAUUCGUGGAUAUUCGUCAGCAAAAGAUUUCGACAUCUAGAGGUUUACUUAAGUUGUCACAUUGAAUAUUGCAGCAUUUCCUCGUGAUGGCGUACUACGGGCAGCAGCAACAACAACAACAAUAUCGUCCACAGGCUCCGACAGGCGUGCCUGAUCAGAACUGGUUGAUGAGUGUAUUUCAAAGGAUCGACAAGGAUCGCAGUGGCUCCAUCUCUGGCCAGGAACUCGGAGUGGCUUUAUCCAAUGGAACCUGGACCCCCUUCAACCCCGAGACAGUGCGGCUGAUGAUUGGCAUGUUCGACAGAGACAACUCAGGAACAAUAAACUUCCAAGAAUUUGCAUCACUUUGGAAAUACGUCACCGACUGGCAGAACUGUUUCCGUAGUUACGACAGGGAUAACUCUGGUUCUAUUGACAAGAAUGAGCUGAAGACGGCACUGACUAGUUUUGGUUACCGACUAUCAGAUCGUUUCUAUGAGAUUUUGGUGAAGAAGUUUGACCGUCAAGGGCGCGGCACCGUGGCGUUUGAUGACUUCAUCCAGUGCUGUGUAGUGCUGCAGACGUUAACUGGCGCUUUCCGCGGCCACGACACAGACCAAGAUGGCUGGAUCAGGAUCACCUAUGAACAGUUUUUGACGCUGGUGUUCAGUCUGCGGAGUUAGCGGGACAACUUGAUGCCAGUUACACGACACUUGAUUCCUACUGACUUGCUGCUCAUAAGAAAAGCCAUGUUGUUUUAUAAUUUGUGGAUUACACGUUGUAUGAAGAUAUAACAGGGACUUGUUUCUUUAGGAGGAAGAUUUUGUUCACGUUUGUUAGUUCAUGUCUGUAACAAGAGUAAUUUAAAGUAAAACAGGCCAACGUUCUGCUCUGACAGGGUUUUGUUGACGUUUGUUAGUUCCUGUAACGAGAGUAAUAUUAAAUAACAGAUGCUC